AGUGAUCGCGAGUUGCCACCACAUCACGGCUACAGAGAGAAAGUGCAGGAGAAAGGGGAAGAGUUAAGGGUUCGCGUGGACCCGCCGAGCGCUCAGUUCGCCUCAAGACACCACCAUGGCCAAGUGUCUGCUGCUCGUGGCCUCGCUCGUCGCCGCCUCUCUGGCGGCUGAAUUUAGGUGUCCCGCAAAAUAUGGACAGUACGAGGAUGAACGGCAGUGCGACAAAUACUACGAGUGCGAGGAAGGUGUGGCCACAGAAAAACUCUGUCCCGAUGGCCUGGUCUUCGACCCCACCAACAGGAAGUACAACAAGUGCGACCAGCCCUUCAAUGUGGACUGCGGAGACAGGACUGAACUUCAGCCUGCCAAGAGCACUGAAAAGUGCCCUCGCCAGAAUGGCUACUUCGCCCACCCUGACCCUGCCAUUUGCAACGUUUUCUUCAACUGCAUUGAUGGUGACGCCAUCGAGAGCCAGUGCUCGUCUGGUCUUGUCUUCGAUGAGUACGCUGGAGUUUGCUCUUGGCCCAAGAAGGAGGACAAGGAGUGCGGAUCCAAACGCACUGUUCUGAAGGACGGAUUCUCGUGCCCCAAGGAAGACCAGCUGGACGCCAACGGCCGUGCCACCGACCACCCCAAAUACGCUCACCCUGAGGAUUGCCAGAAGUUCUACGUGUGCCUGAACGGCGUCACCCCUCGUGAGCAGGGAUGCUCAUUGGGAGAAGCCUACAACGAAGAGAAGCAGCUGUGCGACGACCCCGAAAAUGUUCCCGGAUGUGAGGAUUGGUACAAGGAUCACCCUGAGGUUGCGAACCUCAAGAACAGGGGAGCCCAGAUUGACGCCCAGUUCGUCAGCAAUAACCCCAAGAGGAAUAAGAACUAAAGCGUCUCCUUCCAUUGCUAGAGACUAGUCCCCUUAAUAACUUUUUUUAACAAAUAAAAUCAACAAGAGAGCUCGACGUGUGUGCGUCAAGCUGCUGUACAAAUUCUGUUAUAAACGAGUUAUAAAAAUUAUAGAAUUGCCCCAGCCAAGAAAAAACUAUUGUUAUACAAAUAAUUUUCUCUCUUGCCUGAGUUGGAAAAAGAAUUUUGUGUUCGAGAGCAGCAUGUCACGUUUAACAUUUUAACAAAAAUGUGUGUAAAUGUGCGGAUUAUAAAUAAAUCACUCCUAACAAAAAGUGGAA